AUGCGAAUUCGAGUCGCAGAUUUGGUCCUGGGGACAUGGGAGCUCAGCCAGCAGCAGCAGCAGCAGCAGCAGCAGCAGCAGCAGCAGCAGCAGCAGCAGGCUGCCGUCUGGAACCUGCAAAUCUGCAGACAUGGGGGCCCCGACAAACGGCUGCUGCAGCGCUGGCGAAUUCCCCUGCGGCCUUUGGGGGCCCCGGGGGCCCCCAAGCAGCUUUUGGUACUGGGGCCCCCAGUCUCCCCAGAUGCUGCAUGCAUCUCUUUUCCCCAGCAGCAGCAGCAGCAGCAGCAGCAGCAGCAGCAGCAGCAGCAACUGCUGGUGCAGCGGCAGGAGCCCGGAGUCAGCGGAGAGCGACAAGGGGCAUCUGACCACCUCACGUUUUGCCUGCUAAGGACCCACGAAGAUCAGGGACCUCUUGAAGAAACAAUUAUUGGCAGUGCUGCUUUGGGUGUGCCAGGGGCCCCCGGGGGCCCCCUGGCAGAGGCAGCUCUUAGUUUGCUGCUUCACGAGGGGCCCCCCGAGGACCUGCUGCCAGCCUCGAGGCCCCCUCGGGGGGCCCCCUGCGAGGCCCCUUCGGCUGAGGGCCCCCAGGGGGGCCCCCCGGGGGCCCCCUGGGGGCCCCCUGGGGGCCGAGUCCUCGGGAGGCUGCUGCUUGCUGUAGAGCUAAUCCCAGAAAGGGGGCCCCCAGGGGGGCCCCCAGGGGGGCCCCCUUCCUGGGCUGCUGCUGUGGCUGAACUGCCCCAAGGAGUUUUCUUGUGCCGCUGGGGGCCCCCCAACGAGACUGGGGGGCCCCCCAACAGGACUGGGGGGCCCCCGGGGGCCCAAGAAGGAGAAUGGGUGACCUGGGAGGCCCUUUGUGCGGCUCUGAGGGACAGGGGGCCCCCCGGGGCCCUGGCUGUUGUUAAGAAAGCUGUCAGGGGGCCCCCCGGGGCCCUUGUGCUGGCGAGGCCCCUUUUGACUCUUGGGGCCCUUUACAGACUGGCGAGGAAGCUGCGGCCCUUCCUUCCUGCCCUUCUUUCGGGAAUGUGGCAGCAGCAGCAGCAGCAGCAGCAGCAGGAGGGAGGCCCGCAGCAGCAGCAGCAGCAGCAGCAAAAUCGCGAGCAGUUCGGGUUUGGGCUGCUGCAGUGGAGCGAAUUUCAGUCCCUGCUGCUUCGAGUGAUGGACUCGGGAGCUGCGUCAGUUCCAAGCUCUGAGGAGCCCCCAACGGCUCUAGUCCCCAGCAGCAGCAGCAGCAGCAGCAGCAGCAGCAGCAGCAGCAGCAGUUUGACGGCGGAGGAGUGGCUGCUGCUGCACGGCUGCCUGGCCUUCAGGCACCUGUGGAAGACAGCAGCAGGCACAGCAGAGCUUUUCGAUCUUUGGGCUGCUGCGCGAUGCAUGCAUGCAUGUCUUCUUUUGGGGCCCCCCGAGGGGCCCCCCUGCCGCGCAGCAGCAGCACCCGCAGCAGCAGCAGCAGCAGCAGCAGCAGCAGCAGCAGCAGGGACGCCGCAGGGGGCGAGCAGCCAGUUGUCUCCCGCACUGAAGGAGCUGCUAGACGUUAUUGGGGGCCCCCCAGAUGCAGGGUCUAAUACUGUCUGUCCAGCAGCAGCAGCAGCAGCAGCAGAAGCAGCAGCAGCAGCAGCAGAAGCAGCAGCAGCAGCAGCAGCGCGUAGGGUCUCAUGGGCCUCUGCUGCUCAGGCCCCAGGCCACCUCCUUGCUGCUGGGGGGCCCCCCAACUCAGACCAUUUCAAAAUAAAACUUAUUGUGGAGGGGGCCCGGGGCCUCCGCCGCUGGGGGGGCCUUUUGCCUUCAACUUUUGUAACAGCAGCAAUUUCUUUCGCGCCUUCUGUGGCUGCCUGCCUCGCAGCUUUGCCUUGCUGCACCCAGGGGGCCCCCCGGGGGGCCCCCCGGGGGGGCCCCGGGGGGGCCCCCCGGGGGGGCCCCGGGGGGGCCCCCCGGGGGACCGCCCAGGAGCCCUUCCAGGGGGCCCCCUGGGGGGGCCCCCAGGGAGCUCUUCAGGGGGUCCCCCAGAAAGCCUUUGUUCAGGGGGGCCCCCAGGGGGCCCCCCAGGAAGCCUUUCAGGGGGCCCCCCAGGGGGCGCAGCAUCGGCACCUAGGGGCCCCAGAGGGGCCCCCGGGGGGGCCCCUUGAGUCUCUGCUUUAUGCAGAACAAGACUCAAGUCCUGUAGUGUUUCGCAGCAGAAGUCCUUCUUGGGGCUGGUCUACAUUGCUGCGGGGGCCCCCCUUGGCUCAGAUCUGCAGCACUGUUGCUGCUGCUGCAGCAGCAGUUGAGGGGGCCCCCGGGGCCCCCGCCGCGAGCAUGCCCGGCGCGGCCCUUCUCUGUGCUGCUGCUGCCAGCCUCAGGGAGGCCCUGGGGUCUGAGGCGCAGGGGCCCCCCCCAUGCUUCUGGGACCCAGCAGCAGCAGCAGCAGCAGCAGCAGCAGCAGCAGCAGGUGGUGCUGCUGCUGCAGCUAUUGCUGCUGCACUGGCCCCAGUUUUGGCAGUCCGCCUGACUGUGUGGCUGCUGGACGUUCGACCCGAGGGGCCCCAAGGGGCCCUUCCGCCACUUCCGGGGGCCCUUAGUUUUCCUGUUUUGCUGCAGCAGCUUCCCCGCUGCAUGCAGUGGAUGGGGGGCCCCCCCCAGCAGCCAGCUGGGGGGCCCCCCGUGAGCUCUGUGCCGCGGGGCUGGUACCCUUUGGGUCACGCACUAGUUCCCCUUGGGGGGCCCCCCUCGGGCCCCCGGGGGGCCCCCUUCUACCUCCGGCCCUACACACUGCAGGCGGAGGGCUUAGAAGCUUGCCCCAGCGCUGGUGCUGCUGCUGCUGCUGCUGCUGCUGCUGCUGCUGAGGUGGCAGCAGAAGCCCCUUGCGGUGUCUGUACAGCGGGUGCCUUCAUAGAGUUUGCCGACUCAUGUGGGGCCCCCGGGGCCCCAUAUGAGGCCCCUGGGGCCCCACAUGAGGCCUGUGGGGCCCCAAGUGGGGCCCCCGGGGCCCCAUAUGAGGCUUCUGGGGGCCCCUAG